AUGAUUACAUGGCUCACUUUACUAAAGGAACAUGGUACAGCUGACACCGCUGAAGCAUUCCACAAAGCUGGUUUUGCUACACUGCAAUAUGAUCAUCGACACUGGGGAUCAAGUGACGGGCUACCCCGACAACAUGUAAACCUCUUCCAGCAAGCCGAAGAUUUGUCAGAUGCUAUCACAUAUAUGGCUGGUAGAUCCGAUGUAGACGGCGAUAGAAUUGCAAUUUGGGGAAUUGGUUAUGGCGGAGGAGUUGUAGUGCAAACAGGCGCCUAUGACAAGCGUGCAAAAGCGGUUAUGGCGAUAUCUCCAUUCUUCUCUGGGGAGAUUGAUAUGCUCAGAUUUCCUCCGACUGCAUACCGGGAAGCAUGGGAGGAACGAGCUUCUCGGAUUGCAAACCCCGAGAUUGAGCAUAAAUACGUUCCCAUCUUUGCGGAGGCCAUGGAGAUGGCUGAGAAGAGCCCACUGGCUAGCAUCAUUGGAAACCCUUAG